GUAAAGACUGAGUAGAGACAAUUCGGACUCGCCGGACUGAAAUGGCGCACCUCACAAACAUCGCCGCUUUCCGCCGUCUUCUUCACCAUCACCGCCGCUCGAUAUCUUCAAUUCCAAUUCAAUUUGAAUCCGAUCGGCAUGCGUUUGCCACCCAUUCCUUCAAUCUCACUUUCUCUUUGAACACAAUUAUGUCGGGUAAGCAGUGUAUGAGCACCAACGCUGGUUGGGCAAGUCCUCCGGAAUUCGCUGGGAUGAACGCUUACGAUAUCCUUGGAGUGUCUCAGAAGAGCUCAUUCGCCGAAAUCAAAGCUUCAUUUCGAAAAUUGGCUAAGGAGACUCACCCUGACCUAGUUCGCUCGCAUAGUCAUUCCUCUGACGCUUCCAAGAAUUUCAUUCGAAUCCUCGCUGCUUAUGAGAUUCUUUCAGACUCAAGGAAGAGAGCUCAGUAUGAUCGUCAUAUUGUGUUUCAGAGAACCUCCAUGGAUAAACACUCUAAACAGAACACUAUCAUCUUCGACUAUUCCUCCUUCGAAUACUCUGCCAAAGAGAUGGAAGUUGUGGAAUGGUUAAAAUGGUAUAGAUAUACAAUAAAUGACAUAAUGGCUGAAAAAAGAGUGGCUUCUGGAUCAGGGUAUUUUGAUGUCCUGGAAAGAGAUUUUUAUUCGGCUCUGCACUCAGCGUAUUAUGGACCUGAAAUCAAGUCUAUGGAACUGCUUCCAAAUUGUUUCGAAGCUGAGGAGAGGUCAAAGCAUACUAUAUCAGAGGUGCUACACUUUGUCUCGGGACGAGAACUCUUUGGGAUGGCGUGUUUUGCGAACAAGUACCAAGAAUUAUCACAUGCUCAUACUGAAACUGAAAAAUUGACAUCCUCUGUAUCAGGUAUGGUACAAUCGGAUGACAAUGUGCGUGGACUGCAAUCUGAUGCGGCUAAGGAAAGAGAUUUCCAGUCUUUACAUACCAAUAAUCAAACCUCUGAUGCGUAUAAAGAUCUAGUGUUGCAUUUGUGUGGGAAAGCUGUUGCUGUGGCUACAAGGAUUCCGCCUAAAAGUCUUUCCGUCAAUGAGGAUGCAGAUUCUCAAGACCAAAUAUACAUUUAUCUCACUUCAUGCGAAGAUGAAUUGCAUCCGAGGCAGGCAGAUUCUAGAGAUGUUUUUGAAGAUUCGUCUGCCGGAUCCAGAAUUCCAUUGGGGGUAAUAAAAGGUUUAGGAACUGUUUCCGAAGAAGGAACUUGCUAUGUUUACGAUAGCACUGGCGCAAAGACUCACAUGAUUCUUAAACACAGAACAUUGCUGGUAAAACACUUGCAUUGGUUUCGGGUGGGGGAGAAAUUUUCGGUGUGUGAAUGUAGAUGUACCCGAGCCCGGUUGCUGCCAAGCAAGUAUUGGCUAUUUGAGCCUCGCAGUGCAACACACGACAUAGGAGGAUGGUACAUCGAGACCUUUGGAAGAGAUAAUAAAGGAAAGACAAUUCCAGGCCGGCGAUUCUGGAAUGGUUUGGACAUCGAUGAACAUUUUGAGGAGAGGCUUCAUCCAGCAAUUUACUUACUCGCUCUGGCCUACUGCACUUUAGAUUCCGAAGAUUUGAGACGUAGGAAAGGAACAAUUAAGGACAGGGUGGAGGCAAGGAUAUCCCGAGUUUUGAAUUGGUGUAAGAAAAGUGUGUAGUUUAUGGGCAAUCAAUCAUCAAUCCUAUGAUCCUGUCAUAACUUCUUUGCUGCUCUCAAGCACGACCCCAUCGAGUGUUUGCUUGCACGACUCUACUCGGGUUUCACGAUCAUUCGGUAAUCAGCACUAUGACAUGGAGCAGUGAUACAAUGGGGACAAUAUUGGUCGUGUAAGAGCUUCUUGAAUACUUUCUGGAAAUGAGAGUGUAAUGCGGCUAAGGUUUUGUAGCUGGUGGGAUGCUCGGCCGAGGAAAUGCCGGGGCUUGUCGAGGUUGUUGAAAAUGCAGGACGGGACACGACGAACAAGAAGAAAUUGUAAGGUACCUUAUGUUAUAUGUACAUAUGUAUUUCUUCAAAACUAUUAAAUUAAAUAUUUAUUUAUUAUAAUAAACUAUCUCAAUUUAAAAUCUAUCAUUCCAAAUUUGAAUCCAAAAGGAACUCUAUGUGUUU